CACUAUGAAAGCUGCUAUCGGACCUGGCGGGGCCUACACUACAUUUCCCAGGAGGCUGUUCGCGCCUGGCAGAUCACGUGACGGGAGCGCGGGCUUUGGAAGGCGGCGAAGCUGGGAAGAGAUCGGCUCGACACUGAAAGAACGGUCUCGGGGACUGUCCAGAGAACGCUGUGGACUCCAAACCACUGCUAGCUGCUUAAGCCUCGUGCACUCGAGACGGGGUGAGGUCUCGCGGAAGCGUGUCUCAGAGCGGCGAGAGCCGCGGGAACAGCCCCGGGCAGCCCCGGGCUUGGGCCAUUCGCUCUGCUCCGAACAUCCCUCUUCGCCGGUAGGAAGAAGCCAUUGCUUCUGUGUUACCAUGGGAAUUCAAGGCCUUGCCAAACUAAUUGCUGAUGUGGCCCCCAGUGCCAUCCGUGAGAAUGACAUCAAGAGCUACUUUGGUCGCAAAGUGGCCAUCGAUGCCUCCAUGAGCAUCUACCAGUUCCUGAUAGCUGUUCGUCAGGGUGGGGAUGUGCUGCAGAACGAGGAGGGUGAGACCACCAGCCACCUGAUGGGCAUGUUCUACCGUACCAUCCGCAUGAUGGAGAAUGGCAUCAAGCCUGUGUAUGUCUUUGACGGCAAACCACCACAGCUGAAGUCAGGCGAGCUGGCCAAGCGCAGUGAGAGGCGUGCCGAGGCUGAGAAGCAGCUGCAGCAGGCUCAGGAGGCUGGGAUGGAGGAGGAGGUGGAGAAGUUCACCAAGCGGCUCGUGAAGGUCACCAAGCAACACAAUGAUGAGUGCAAACACCUGCUGAGCCUCAUGGGCAUCCCGUACCUUGAUGCACCCAGUGAGGCAGAGGCCAGCUGUGCUGCCCUGGCGAAAGCUGGCAAAGUCUAUGCUGCGGCCACAGAGGACAUGGACUGCCUCACUUUUGGCAGCCCUGUGCUAAUGCGACACUUAACUGCCAGUGAGGCCAAGAAGCUGCCCAUCCAAGAGUUCCACCUGAGCCGCGUCCUGCAGGAGCUGGGUCUGAACCAGGAGCAGUUUGUGGAUCUGUGCAUCCUGCUGGGUAGCGACUACUGCGAGAGUAUCCGUGGCAUUGGGCCCAAGAGGGCUGUGGAUCUCAUCCAGAAACAUAAAAGCAUCGAGGAGAUCGUGAGGCGGCUGGACCCCAGCAAGUACCCUGUUCCAGAGAACUGGCUCCACAAGGAAGCCCAGCAGCUCUUCCUGGAGCCGGAAGUACUGGACCCAGAGUCUGUGGAGCUGAAGUGGAGCGAGCCAAAUGAAGAAGAGUUGGUCAAAUUUAUGUGUGGUGAAAAGCAGUUUUCUGAGGAGCGAAUUCGCAGUGGGGUCAAGCGGCUGAGUAAGAGCCGCCAGGGCAGCACCCAGGGACGCCUAGAUGAUUUCUUCAAGGUGACGGGCUCACUCUCCUCAGCUAAGCGCAAGGAGCCAGAACCCAAGGGGCCUGCUAAGAAGAAAGCAAAGGCUGGGGGAGCAGGGAAGUUCAGAAGGGGAAAAUAAAUAUGUCCUUCCCUUCCACUGUCCCUUGACUCCAGGAUAUCUGUUUUGUACCCUCAGCUAGAGCGCAUCUCUCUUGUCCCUCAUCUUGAGGAGACUUUAUUGCUUCCCAGAACUGCCCUUCAGAGCUUUCCCUCUCUUGACCCUGUGGCAGGAAGGCCAUGGCUCUGCUUUUUCUCAUUUUUAGCUCAGAAAAGAUGUCAGGUUCAAACCACUUCUCAGGUUAAUGGACACUGUAACCAUUGUUCUGUGCAACUGCUAGCAAUGUUUUAAGGAAGAAGAAGAUAAAGCAGGGGGAGAGGAUGGAGAUAGUUUCCCAGCUGGCCAGCUGGUGGAGGAGAGGUGACUAGAACAUGACUGACUACUGCUCUUUCUAAGUUCACUGUGCCCUGAAAGAUGGCCUGGGAUUUGCUGAUGAAAGAACUGCAAAGAGACAAGCAGAGAGGAUUCUGGCUGACAACAGAUUUAGUACUGACCAGCUGAUUUUGUGGGCAGAAAUUUGAACUUGCUGCCCACUGAGUCCAGUGGUUGUGCAGGGAGUGAGAUGGCAGAGUUUAAGUUUUGGUUUGUAGUUUUCUGUCUUUGUCUUUCCCCUCUCCAGUGUUGGGGAUUGAACCCAGGGCAAAGGCAUUAUGUGAGCCACUGACCUGUGGCUCCAAGUGAUGUUCUGAAGGCCUUUCUGAGGCAAUUAAUUGAAUUGAGGUUUUGGGAGAAGAAACUGUUGUUCAUAGGCUAUUUCUAUUUUAAAAGAUGUGAAGAGAAAAUAAAAAACAAUAAAAUGAUAAAAGUGA